AUCCAUCCACACGUCCGCAGCUCCACUCUACGUACGAACCCCCACCUUCUUAAGAGCACCACCAGACGUUGCACGAAGCAACCGAUCAUCACCACCACCACCACACCAUAGCCACCACCAUGGAUCGCUCGCCUGCCAAGUUCGUCUUGCUCCUCAUGGCAGCGGCAACCUGGAGCUGCUUCCUCGUCGCCGACGCAGGCAAGCUCCAGCCGAGCUGCAUAGGGCGCGAGAGGGACGCCUUGCUGGCCUUCAAGCAAGGCAUCCGUCACGACCACUACGACAACCACCUCGGGUCGUGGCAACAAGAGCGCCAAGAUUGCUGCCAAUGGGAAGGCAUCACCUGCGACAACGUAACUGGCCAUGUCGUCAAGCUUGACCUUGGCGGAAGAUAUGAUUUGGUCGGCCAGAUAAGUCCUUCCUUGCUUUCUCUAGAGCAUCUCGAGUACCUCAAUCUCAACUGGACGGGACUGUGUGGGCCUGAUGGUGGUGUUCCAGAGUUCUUGGGUUCCUUAAAGAACUUGAGGCAUCUUGAUCUGUCCGGCAUGCCUUUCUCCGGUAUGGCGCCUCCUCAGCUUGGCAACCUGUCAAAGCUGGAAUAUCUUUACCUCUCCCACAUGGAUAUGUACUCAACAGACAUCUCAUGGUUAACUCGUCUACCUCUGUUGGCGCAUCUUGGUAUGAGUUAUAUCAAUCUCAGCUCAAUAGCCGAUUGGCCUCUUGUUGUCAAUAAGAUUCCAUCUUUGGAGUUGCUUGGUCUUUCCGAGUGCUCGCUUUCAAGUGCAAACCAAUCCCUAGCACACCUAAACCUCACAAAUCUUCAAUACCUUGAUCUCUCAGAUAACUACUUUGGUCAUCCAAUUGCAUCCAGUUGGUUUUGGAACAUAACAAGCAUCAAGUACCUCGACCUUUCUGGUACCUCUCUCUAUGGUCCGUUUCCUAAUGAACUAGGAAAUAUGACGUCUCUCCAAGAACUUUAUUUUGGCCCCUAUUCUUCCGAUGGUGACUCACCCACCACAACUGCUAACACGGCCACAAUGACAGUAGACUUGAAAAAUCUAUGUGAUUUGGAAGACCUAUUGCUUGAUGGAAGCCUCUCCUCUGGGAACAUAACAGAGUUUAUAGAUAAACUGCCAAGAUGUUCGUCCAACAGAUUGCAGCGCUUGAGGUUGAGCCGCAACAAUAUGGUUGGAAUUCUACCAAACAGAUUGGGGAACUUAACCAACUUAGCUUUGUUGGACCUUUCUUACAAUAACAUUACUGGAGCUAUACCGCUAGCCAUAAGCAAUCUUUCUUGUUUAGAAACACUUGAUCUUUCUAACAACCUUCUUGCUGGAGCUAUACCGCUAGGGUUGGGAAAUUGCACUAGUUUGCAAUAUGUUUCUCUCACCAGUAACAGUCUCAAUGGACCUAUACAACCAGGGAUACAAAACUGCAAUAGAUUACAGGACCUUUUGCUUUCUUACAAUAGCAUUACUGGAGCUAUACCACCAAUGUUGGUAAACUGCACCAGUUUAGAAACACUUGAUCUUUCUAACAACCAUCUUACUGGAGUUAUGCCACCAGGACUGGGAAAUUGCACUAGUUUGCAAUAUUUUUCUCUUUCGAACAACCAUCUUACUGGAACUAUAUCACCAGGGACAGUGAGUUGCACUACAUUAAAUGACCUUGACCUUUCUUACAACAAUCUUACUGGAGAUAUACCACCAUGGCUGGGGAAUUGCACUAAUUUGCAGUCCCUUUCUCUUUCUAAAAACCUUCUCACUGGACAUGUCCCAUCUGAGAUUGGUCUGCUCGGCAAUUUGACUAGACUCGAUCUUAGCAACAAUAAUCUAGAUGGUGUGAUAAGGGAGGAACACCUGGUUGCUCUAAAGAACUUAGAACACCUGGAUCUAUCACACAAUUCUUUCUCAGGGCAUCUGCCAUCAGAGUUUGGAGCUACCGGAUUAUUAGAAUUGACAUUAUCCUCCAAUUACUUCAGUGGGCAUAUUCCUGAAUAUAUUUGUAUGUUCUGGAACCUAGUUGUCUUGGAUUUAUCAGACAACCUUUUCAUGGGUGGACUUCCUCGAUGUUCUCGAAAGCCUAACCUGGUUUUCCUGAUUUUAAAUCACAAUAAUUUUUCUGGCAAGUUCCCAUCAUCACUGAAGAACUACUCGAGUUUGGCAUUCAUGGAUCUUUCAAUGAAUAGUUUCUAUGGAACAUUACCAUCAUGGAUCGGAGAUUUAGUAUAUUUGCGCUUUCUGCAGCUAAGUCACAAUUUCUUGUGUGGAGAUAUUCCAGUGACUAUCACAAAUCUUAAACGUCUUCGUCAACUGAGUUUAGCAGGAAACAGUAUAUCUGGUGUUAUUCCUUUUUCUUUGUCAAAUUUAACAGCAAUGACCCAGAAACAUCCAAAGAAACCUGGGGUCGACAUGUUUGUAUGGUACACCAGCCGUGUGGGUAAAUUUAGAGAAGUUUGGUCUAUAGUGAUGAAGCGUCAGGAACUUAAGUAUGGUGCUAGAAUUUUUGAUGUGAUCAGUAUGGACCUGUCGCUCAACAAUCUAACAGGUGAAAUUCCAGAUGGGAUAACCUCUCUCAAUGGACUAUUGAAUCUAAACUUAUCAUGGAACCAAUUGAGUGGAAAAAUUCCAGAUAGGAUUGGAGCUAUGGAAUCACUUGAAUCGCUCGACCUCUCAAGGAACAACCUUUCUGGUGAAAUCCCAACAAGCUUGACAGAUUUGACUUAUUUAAGCUCCUUGGACCUGUAAUAUAACAAUCUCACAUGAAGAAUUCCACCGGGACGCCAACUUGACACCCUCUACUUGGAGAACCAGUCCAUAUACACGGGCAAUGUUGGUCUGUGUGGCCCUCCUCUUGAAAGGAAUUGCUCAGGAAACAAUGCACCAGAGCAUGACAAUCAACAGAAAAUCAAGAAGGUUUCUGAGCCUGUGUUGUUCUUUUACCUUGGACUUGGGUUUGGGUUUGUUGUUGGCCUCUGGGUCGUGUUUUGUACCCUACUGUUCAAAAAAGUGUGGAGACUUGCCUAUUUCCGCCUCUUCGACAAGUUGUAUGACAAGGCAUAUGUAUUUCUGGUUGUUACCUGGGGCAGGAUAAAACACAAGGAGACAAAAACUUGAGUGCGGUGCUCAAUAAAAUAAUGCAAAUCUGGUGAUGUUUUUUCACCCUACUCCUCAUGUUUAUGAAUAAAUGAAGGUGCACAUGUUAAACAAUAGGCUUGUUCAAUUGUUCACAUGUCAUGUACCAGGUUAGUUAGGAUUGAUCCUUAUCCUCUGUAGAGUCUGUUGUAUAGCUUGAUGUGAGGAUCAAUCCUACUAACCACCUACCUCUGUAACUCUUAGAUCUAUUUAACAUGCACGUGUCCCUGCCAAGAGGCAUACACUUCCACGCA